CAAAUCCUAUACCCCGUGGUGUCGGAACGAGGAAGGGCGAUGGCAGUCGACAGCCCUCCGAUGGGAUCAAUCAAAGUCACAGCGGUCUCUCAUCUGAAGCAUGCCUGCCUCAUCACCUGCGAUGACGAAACAACUAUUGAAGCACGCCCGCCUCACCAUUUCGCUCGGACUCCAGAAAUACACCAUAUCGAUGGCACUGCAAUGUCAGAUUGAAGCCCGCCUACUUCAUCUCCCACAGACUUCGACUUCGGUCUUCCAGUGCCUCCAAGUCCAACCUUCCUCCACCCUCGACGAUCAGAUUGUGCGUUCCAGAUGGCUCCCUUUUUCCUUGCAGUGGAUCUGGGGCAUGUCAUACCAGAAGAAGAUGGUGGAUCUACAAUCUCUACACCCCACACCUCUGCAACACAGUCAUCGCGGCAAGGGCUCUUUUCCCCUGCUAAGGGUUUUGGGCCCGCAACAUCAGAGUCAGGAAGAUUGUUCAACACUCACAUCAGCGCACCUUCUCUCCGAUGUUCUUCUGCUGGCAGCCCUGCUUCCACUCUUCAGAGCUUGUUGGCAUGCCGGAGCCAGGGCUGACUAUCACCAAUGAUGGACAUUCACAACUUCUCCACAUCGUCCCUGUCAGUACAUUUUCGGGUCGAACAACUGUCCGACCGCCUGAGCCUAUUGUGGUUGAAUUGCCCGCUUCGCCAGCACUCUGGCUUCGCCACAACUUGUUGGAGAAGGCAGCGAUUUGACAUUGCAGUCAAGCCGCCUUUCCUCAAGCUGGGCACCAGGCAGG